GACACCACUCAGGUCGCACAUCGCGGUGUUUUCAUUUCUGAUUUUUGUCCUUCGCGAAGUGGAAAAAAAGGGUUGCACUCGGUUGUGCUUUUCUCGAGUUUGUUCCUUCGGACAUUGAAUUCUAUUGUUCUUCACUGGCAAAUAGAAAAUAGAAAAUGGCUCUCCGUUUGUUCCGCCUCAGCCAGGAUGUGGUCGGUCCGAUGAUCAAGCGUAGCUGCGGAUCCGUAUCGGCGUUCGAGCUACAGCACAAGAACCCAACGCAACGUAAGGUCGAGAAGAUCCCCAAGGCUGAGUAUGGAGGUCGUCACACGGUUACGAUGCUGCCCGGCGGUGGUAUCGGUCCGGAACUGAUGAGCUACGUCAGGGAGGUGUUCCGGUUUGCCGGUGUGCCGGUAGACUUCGAAGUCGUGGACAUUGACCCGGCGAGUGAAGGUAAUGACGACCUGGAGUAUGCCAUUACCACGAUCAAGCGGAAUGGUGUUGCCAUCAAGGGAAACAUUGAAACCAAAUCGGAAUCCACCGGUAUCAUGUCCCGUAAUGUGGCCAUCCGCAAUGAGUUGGAUCUGUUCGUGAAUGUGCUGCACUGCAAGUCGUUCAAUUCCAUUCCGGCACACCACAAUAAUGUCGAUGUGGUCAUUAUACGACAGAAUACGGAAGGCGAGUACGCUAUGCUGGAGCACGAGAGCGUCAAAGGGGUGGUGGAGAGCAUGAAGGUGAUCACGGUGGAGCAUGCUGCUCGUGUGGCACGGUACGCAUUUGAAUAUGCGCGGGUCAACAACCGGAAGAAGGUGACCACUAUCCACAAGGCCAACAUCAUGAAGCUGGCUGAUGGACUGUUCCUGAGCGUGGCCCGCGAUGUGGCCAAGGAAUAUCCAGACAUUCAACAUAAUGACAUGAUCAUCGACAACUGCUGUAUGCAGCUGGUGUCCAAUCCGCAUCAGUUUGAUGUGAUGAACACGACCAACCUGUACGGCAGUAUUACUUCGAACGUUCUGUGCGGUUUGGUUGGUGGUGCCGGUCUCUUCUCGGGAAGGAACUACGGUGAUCAUUACGCCGUGUUCGAGCCGGGCACCCGCAACACCGGUACGGCCAUCGCCGGCAAGAACAUUGCCAACCCGAUUGCCAUGCUGAAUGCCGCCAUCGAUAUGCUGUACCAUUUGGGCCACAGUUACCAUGCCGACUGCAUCUCCGAUGCCAUCCACAAGACAAUCGAUGCCGACGGUAUCCACACGCCAGAUUUGGGUGGCCAAAAUACCAGCACAGAGGUCAUCCAGAACAUCCUGCAGCACUUGGCCGAGAAGAGAACUUACUGAUUACGAUAAGCGAGGUAGAGAGAGAGAGAUGCGAAACUCGUUCGACAAGUGCACUUGAGUCUGUUUUUGUUUUAUUUAUAUUACGUAACUAGUAGCAACAAAAAAGAAAAAUUCAACGCCCUCUUCCUGCUACUUCCGGCUACUUCCGAACAACUACCUUAUUUUGUUUUUUUUUUUAUCGUACACUGUUUGCUUCACCGUUUGGAGAAAGUUUUGCUCCCCUAUAAAACGGACGAGAAAUAAAACUCUGCAUAAAAUAUGGUUUCCAUUGAGAGAAAAAAAAAACACAAAUCACCGAAAAGUAAGCAAGGAAGCCAAGUAAAAUUUCAUAAAUAAAUCAUCGCACCGGGAAUCGGAAAAUCACAACGGAUGGUCCAUCGAAGUAAGCCAUAUACGACAAACUGUUUGCUGAGCGAGACAAAAUGGGUGCAGCGGAAAGAUGGAUGAUGCCCGUGUCAGUGUAAGAUUAUGUUCAUCCCACCUUUGUCCCGGUGAGGUACAAAUCUGUGCCGAGAAAUCACAGUCGCUUGAAAAAAAAAUCGGUAUUGUUUUGCAAGGAAAUAAAAAUCGAAUCUGGUACAAACGCCUUACGUACUUAAAUCUUCCAGUUUUGGUAGGGAUAGUCAAUACAAUUAAAGGUAAACUUA